AACUAUUGUUAUUAUUUUUUCUUUUACAUAGAGCUUUAUCAUUGAUUAAAACUGAACUAUUACAAUACUGUGUAAGGGUAAACAUUUACAUUCAUAAACCAUAGGGCAUGAAGAUUUUCAUAGGAAAAACUCUCACAAUGAUGUUCCAUCGACAUCUGAAUAAAGUAAACAAAACUUUUUACAAUAUGACUCAGUCUGUAUGCACCAUGCGCCAAAAUAGACAGAUUUUAGUGGAACCAAUGGUCAUGACACUACAAAAUUCAAGCAGUAAUUUAUAAUAACCAAAUUUCUUAGUUAAUACAUGAAAUUAGUAAUUCAAAAUGUCUCACGCAUUUUUAACGGAUGCCGCCUCACGGUCGGAGCGGCGUAAUAGGUUGUGGUACCAGAAAAAUCUGGUGAAAGUUUUGCAGGCGGCGAAGGAGAAACAAGUGAGGGAGAUCGAUGCCUCCAUCGUGUUGGCUGAAGAGCUCAUGAGGAGAUUAAAUGAACCACUUGACCCGCCCGUAGAAGUCGUCAUCCCAGAAGUUAUCCCUACUAAUGAAGACCGUGUUAUGAAACCAAUAGAACAAGAAGUACUGGAUAUAUUACACAAGGGUACAGAGAAGGGCGCCGGCAAGACUUAUUUAAAGGCUAGAUAUAAGAAACCGCCUGAAGACAGGUUCUUGUACCGCGUGGCGACGAGCUGGGACUACGGCUGGCAGCAGAAGCAAGCCAUCCAGCUGGCGCGCGACGUGAACCACGGGCGCUGCUUCGUCCUGCGCCACACCUUCUACCGCAAGAACAACCUCGCGCCCGACCCGCCGCACUACGCGCGCCCCAGCGGCGGACAGAUCUCCAUCUGCAGCGAGUACUCCUGCAACUUCAACUAACCGACCUCGUACCUUACCACCUCCUUGCUCAGCGAUCUAAUCUCAAAUAACAUGAACAAUAAUUAUGAUUGGAACGCGACAUAUAUAAGACUUAAAAUAAUUGUUAAAGUCAUUGCGUUUCUUAUCAAAACCGACAGAUUCGGAGCCUUUUCUAAGAAAGUCAACGUACAAUUGGUACGAAGAUUACUAUUAUACCUCUACUAUGUAAAUAACAGACGAAAUAUAGCAAAAAACAUAUA